AUGUCGAGCGCCAGAAACCUUUCGGUUGCCCUCCGACGGGCUCGUGUACCCAAGCCUCGCUGUUGGGUGCGCCCCAUCCUCGCCAACGGUGCUUCUGUGCCGGCCGCAAGAUCUUUCAGUGUCAGCUCCGUUGUCGGAGGUAAUGCGACAAGAGAAAUCAAGUACACCACCAACGCCUAUCCCGAACUCAAGCGCAAUCCCAAUUUCGCCGAGAUCACGGAACAGGAUGUGAAGUACUUCAAGGAGCUGCUUGGCGCUCAAUCGGCUGUGAUUGAUGGAGUGACAACAGAUGCUACGGACGAUAUUGAACCCUUCAAUGCCGACUGGAUGCGCAAAUACCGCGGCCACACGAAACUAGUCCUUAAGCCACAGAACAAGGAGGAGGUUAGCCAGAUCUUGAAAUACUGCAAUGAGAAGAAGCUGGCUGUUGUUCCCCAGGGAGGUAAUACCGGGUUGGUGGGAGGUUCCGUGCCUGUGUUCGACGAGAUCGUCAUCAAUACUUCACGCAUGAACAAGAUUCGCUCUUUCGAUGAGGCCUCUGGUGUGCUGGUCGUUGAUGCAGGUGUCAUCCUCGAGGUAGCAGAUCAGUACCUCGCGGAGCGCGACCACUUGUUCCCCUUGGAUUUGGGUGCAAAGGGUUCGUGCCAUGUCGGAGGAAACGUCGCGACCAAUGCGGGAGGACUCCGUUUGCUGCGCUACGGUAGUCUUCAUGGCAAUGUACUUGGCCUUGAAGCUGUCCUGGCGGAUGGUACUAUCGUCGACUCCCUCUCCACCUUGAGAAAGAACAACACAGGCUAUGAUCUGAAGCAGUUGUUCAUCGGCUCAGAAGGUACUAUCGGCAUCGUCACCGGCGUCGCCAUCUUGUGCCCUCCCCGGCCCAAGGCAGUCAAUGUGGCCUACUUUGGUCUCGAAAGCUAUGACCAGGUUCGCCAGGCGUACAAGGAGGCCAAGGGUCACCUUUCCGAGAUCUUGUCCGCCUUUGAGUUGAUGGACGGACGCAGCCAGAAACUCGUUCACGAGUCGACUGGCUCAAAGUACCCGCUGGAAGGGGAGUACCCUUUCUACUGCCUCGUCGAAACCAGUGGUUCCAAUGCAGAGCAUGACAUGGAGAAGCUGGAAGGCUUCUUGGAGCAUAUCAUGGGUGAGGGAAUCGUCGCCGACGGUGUCCUGGCCCAAGACGAAACACAAUUCCAGUCUAUCUGGCGUUGGCGAGAGGGCAUUACGGAAGCUCUGAGCCACCUCGGCGGUACUUACAAGUAUGACGUCUCUAUUCCUCUGCCUGAGUUGUACCAGCUUGUGGAAGACUGCCGUGAGCGCUUGACGAAGAUGGGAUUCGUGGGCGACGAUGACUCUUUCCCUGUCCGAGCCGUCGUCGGAUAUGGCCAUAUGGGUGACUCAAAUCUCCACUUGAACAUUUCUGUCAGGCAGUACAACAAGGAGGUCGAGAAGGCCAUUGAGCCUUGGGUGUAUGAGUGGAUCCAGAAGCGCAACGGCAGCAUCAGCGCCGAGCAUGGAUUGGGCCUUGCCAAGAAGGAUUUCAUCGGGUACAGCCAGAAUGAUACCAUGCUCAAGUUGAUGAAGCAGCUGAAGACCUUGUACGAUCCGAAUGGGAUUAUGAACCCUUACAAGUACAUUUAG